UGGCCCUCAAACCACAAGCAAGGCGGAUUACCUAGGUAUGAAGUCGAGCUUGUCAUGAGGUCCUAUGAGGCACCGGCCCGGGCCACGGAGGGCGGCACUCUGUGAUCCGGGGGGGAGCGUCCCGUGAGACGUGCGCAUGGACUCUCUUCGGAGGGUUGGUGCGCACAGGCCCCAGCGGAGGGGGCGGGGAGCUCUCCAGGUGCGGAGGAUCACCUGGGAAAAUGGGGAGAGGAGGAACUGGCUCUCGAACCACAAGCAAGGCGGAUUACCUAGGUAUGAAGUCUAAGCUUGUCAUGAGACCCUAUGAGGCACCGGCCCGGAACACGGAGGGUGGCACUCUGUGAUCCAGGGGGGAGCAUCCCGUGAGACGUGCGCAUGGACUCUCUUCGGAGGGUUGGUGUGCACAGACCCAGCGGAGGGGGCGGGGAGCUUUCCAGGUGCGGGGAUCACCUGGAAAAAUGGGGAGAGGAGGAACUGGCUCUCGAACCACAAGCAAGGCGGAUUAUCUAGGUAUGAAGUCGAGCUUGUCAUGAAG